AUUCACGUCAACCUGAGCCUAUCGCCUGCUGUCCCAAUGAGAAGGGGAGACGCGCGUUUCCGUCAUGGCAUCCAGUCACCAGUAAUUGAUUCCUCUAUACAUGUUACCCCAACAUGCGUUCGAUUUAUUCGUCCAGACUUGUCUUCCUUUUUCUCUUGUUCUUCCCCUUCUCUUUUUUCCCUUUUCUCGAGGAUUCUUUGAUGCUGCGCCGAGGGGCCUGCCAGCAUGUUACCGUUCGCCCCAUGGUCUUCUUUCUACGAACACACCCCGCUGGAGACAAUAUUAAUCCUUGGGUCCCAGCUUGGGCUUGCUUGUACUGUAGCACAUGUGUUUUCAUGUGACGCCUCAUGGCGUAGCAAAACGGCUGAUUCCAAAGGAGAAGAGCAAGAAGAGCAGACCAGGGUGAGCGAACAGGACAAGGCCAGACUUGUGCAAUUACUCAGUACAUGGGCAAUUCGAGAUCCCGCGUGCAUUUGCUAUCUAGACACAUACACAGCAAAGCGCAUUCUACCACACCUACCACGACGAAAUAUGUAAACACACCACAGCUAAGAAAAGUAUCUC